AUGGCGCGCACCAACAGCGAGCUGCUCAAGAACCUGGGCAACUUUGUCAACAGGACCCUGAUGUUUGUGGCCAAGUUCUGUGACGGCGUGGUGCCGGCCCCCCACCCCGAGAAGGGCCAGGCCGAGGUGGCGGAGCUGGGGGCGCUGGUGGACGCCAAGGUCCAGGAUUACCUGGCGGCCAUGGAGUCGCGGAAGCUGCGGGAAGCCAUCCGCCUGGCCAUGGCGGCCAGCACGGACGCCAACAAGUUCUUCACUGACACGGCCGUCUUCAGGGUCAUCAAGACGGACCCCGAGCACGCGGGCACCCUGGUGGCGGCCUGCCUGGGCAUGAUCAGGCUGCUGGCCGCCCUGGUGGCACCCUACGUGCCCUCACUCACAGACAAGAUCCUCGCGCAGCUCGCCCUGCCGCAGGCGCGCGCCCCCGCGCCGCGCCGCACAGCGCCGCGCCGUGCUGGCCCCCGCGCCUGCGAUGCGGCGCUGCUGAGCGACGAGCUGCUGGCGGGGGCCAAGGCGCCGCACACGCUGAUCGCGCCGGGGCACAGGCUGGGGGCGCCGGCGCCGCUCAUCGCGGAGAUCCCUGAUGACGUCAUCGAGGGGCUGCGGCAGCGGUAUGGCGGCAAGCAGGACGCGGCCGCGGGGCCGGGCGCGGAGCCGGCGGCGGCGUCGUCAUCGGCGGCGGGUGGCGGCGCCAAGGGCGGCAAGGACGCCAAGGCGACGGUGGCGGGCGGCGGCAAGGGCGGCGGCAAGGGCGACGCAGCAGCGGGGGCGGGGGCGAAGAAGGGCGGCGGCGGCGGCGGCGGCGAUAAGAAGGACGCCCCUGUGGACAUCAGCCGGCUGGACAUCCGGGUUGGCCUCAUACGGAAGGCGUGGCGUCACCCCGACGCGGACUCACUCUAUGUGGAGGAGAUCGACGUGGGCGAGGACCAGCCGCGGCAGGUCGUCAGCGGCCUGGUGAAGCACAUCCCGGAGGACGAGAUGCAGGGCCGCCCCGUGGUGGUCCUCUGCAACCUCAAGCCCGCAGCCAUGCGCGGCGUCACCUCGCAGGCCAUGGUGCUCGCAGCCACGCACCCAGAGAGCGGCAAGGUGGAGCUCAUCCAGCCGCCGCAGGGCUCCAAGCCCGGGGACCGCGUCACUGCCGCCGGCUACCCCGGGGAGCCCGACGAGCUGCUCAACCCCAAGAAGAAGAUCUUCGAAGCGGUGCAGCCCGACCUCGCCACCAACGCGGACCGCGUCGCCUGCUACAGGGGCGUCCCGCUGGCCACGGCGGCGGGGCCGUGCACGGCCGCGAGCGUUGCGGGCGGCAGCAUCCGCUGA